AUUUCCGCAAACUAUUAAGCUCUCAAGCAAAAAAAAGGCCCAUUUCCUACAAACCCACUCCAUAGUCCAUACACUAUCUAACAUCCAGGGGGCGUUCUUUCAAACCACCACCACCACCACCACCUCCUCGCAUCAAUGAAGAACUGCACCACCCCACCACACCUCACUAGAGCGCCGAAAUUGACGGUCGCCGCUCAUAUAUGUUCCGUCGCCCUUCAUCUCCCCCUUUCUCAAAUUGAGGGUAACUUUCAGAUCCAGUUGUAGGUGAAGAUUGUUUUCGCGUGUUGUAGGCUGUUUCCGGGUGGGCGACGUUUGAUUUCACGGAUAGUUGUGACGCAUCACCGGCAUCACAAUGACGAUUGCAGGGACUGACAGACUGAGUUGUUUGUCAGUCCCUACAAUCGUCCGGUGGCGCUGGAGGUGACGAUUGUUGCUGAAUUUAGUGGUUGAAUUCAAGGGAUACAUCUCCCCUUUGGUGUCUUGGUGAGUCGUAUCUAAAUCUCAAUGUCAUUUUUUAUUUGAUGAUUAUUUGGAAUCUUUAAUUACCACUUGUUUUGAGCUCUGGAAAGCAGAAACUUGAAAUAGAUUCAUUUUUGCUGGUAUAAGAUUCAACAUAACUAGUUGUUCUUACUUUCAUAUUACCACUUGACAUAGAGUACUAAAUUAAAAAAAAUCAGUUUUAGGGUUCUUUAAUUGUUUAGCAUUUUGGAUACCACUAUCAUAUUUUUGUUGAAUUAUGAUCUUAUGAAUCUUCAAUCUGAGUCAUCUGAUGCUGUAAUAUUGAACAAGACAUUGCCCUUGACUCAAAUUUUAGAACAUAUGCAUAAAACCAACACAUCUAAGAUGCACCAGGGUGCACCAUGCACAUUCUCACAUUUUCCCUUGCAUAAUGUGAGAAGGACCCUUAAUGGGCAUAAAAAUACCCUUGGAUGCACGGGUAUUUUUAGCGUACUAGAUUGGGGAAUGUAGAUAUACAAUGCGCCUAGUGGAUGCACAUCUUGACGAGUUUUAGGCCACUGUCAAUGAGGUCAGAUUCAUAAUUUUCUGGAAGAUUUCCAUAUGUAUCAUAUAUUUCUCCCACCUACUACCCCAAAAAAUUAUACUACUGUGAUUAUCAACCUGGUCAGCAGUGGAUGGUGGGUGAAGACUGAAGAGGAAAGUUGACUUAGAAAGUCUAUUUGGAAGCAAUUUAGGAGCUUUAAGUUGAUUCACAGUUUACAGAGGAAAUACGAGUACGAAGAAUGGCAGAGACAGUAGUUUGCUUUGUUUUGGAGAAGCUCUUCCCUUUAAUAACCGCAGAAGCAGAGAUGUUAAGGGGUCUUCCCACAGACUUGGUGGCCAUCAGUAAUGAACUUAGGAGCAUAAAAGUUUUCCUCAAGGAUGCGGAGCAAAGGGUAGAGGAAAGUGAUGGCAUCAAAGAAUGGGUGAGACAAGUGAGAGAUGUAGCUUAUCAAAUCGAAGAUGUGAUCGACGAGCACUUGCUGCUUCAUCAUCCUCGCGAACGCCAUCAUAAUCACUUCUUCAAUGUCUUCAGUAACCUAACUCGAAGUGUGGUGCUAUUGAGGUCAAAUCAUAGGAUAGCAAAUACCAUAAAACGGAUCCGCUUGGAGGUCCUGGAAAUUAACCAAAGAAGGAGUAGUUUUUCCCUUGGUGGAGGUCCAAGCUUUUCAAAUGGACUGGAUAACGAAGAUCCACACAAGCGCGCAGACCAAGACCCACGAGCAGGCUUUCUCUAUGUCAAUGAAUCAAAACUUGUGGGUAUUGACGAGCCCAAGAGAGAUAUAAUUAGGUUGUUGGAUUUGGAGCUUCAGGAUUUCCCUCAAAACAAAGUGAUAUCAGUUGUUGGUAUGGGCGGCCUAGGAAAAACUACACUCAUAAGGAAAGUGUAUGAGGACAUGUCUGUUAAGAAGCACUUUCCUUUCCGUGCUUGGAUCACUCUUUCUCGACCGGGAAGAUCCAUUGAUAUAAUCAGGAGCAUGACCAAGCAGUUUUACAGAUCUGCUUUUGAUUCUGCCCCCCUGGAAAUUGACACUAUGGAUGAAGAGUCUCUCACUGAGGAAAUGAGGAACUAUUUACGAAAUCAGAGGUUCCUCGUUGUUUUUGACGAUGUUUGGAACAUUGAAACGUACAUUAAAGAUGUCCUACCCUCUUACAACAAUGGUAAUAAAAUACUGAUGACAACACGCCUUGAAGAUGUUGCCCUUGCUUGGAAGGGGUCAUCUUGUGAUCGCGUUUACAAGCUUCAACCUUUGUCUGCUGAAAAAGCUUGGGAUCUCUUCUGUAGGAAAGUAUUCGGAGGCCCUAACGCAAAAUGUCCUCAGGAACUGGAUAGGUUGUCACGAGAAAUAGUAAAAAAAUGUGAAGGAAUGCCGCUUGCAAUUGUGACUAUAGGUGGUCUAUUAUCAACAAAAAACAAGUUUGUUAUAGAGUGGCAUAAGUUGUGCAACAGCAUUGGUGCCGAACUGGCAAAUAAUCUUCACCUGGCUAACAUUAAGAAAAUCCUACUACUCAGCUAUCAUGAUUUGCCUCACUACCUAAAACCUUGUUUUUUAUACUUCGGCAUCUUUCCUGGGGACCGUUUAAUUGAAAACACACGGUUGUUUAGGUUGUGGAUAGCUGAGGGCUUUAUUUAUAAGGUAUCAGGCAAGACACUCGAAGAGGUUGCAGAUGAGUAUUUGACUGAACUCAUCAGAAGAAGCUUGGUGCAAGUGACAUGGGUUGACAUUGCUAAAAGACCCAGGGGUGUUCGGGUCCAUGAUCUCCUACGUGAAAUAAUACUUCUAAAAUCAAAGGAAUUGAGCUUUUGUCAAGUUCUUAACAAGGAAGACUUAUUCAUUGAUGGUCAAAGUAGACGUUUGGCGAUUCCGAAUGAUAAUGUCGGCACUAGUGCUAAGUUGGUUAUUGAGGGAACUACUAAAAGGUCACAUCUGCGUUCACUGUUUCUGUUUGAGGGACAUGAAGUAAUGCCCAAGUUCAUAACAGGCUCAUUCUUAAAACAAGUUCACCUCUUGAAGGUUCUUGAUCUUCAAAAUGCUCCAUUAAGCCAGAUCCCAGAAUCUGCAGGUGGUUUAUAUCACUUGCAGUAUCUAAGCCUGAAUAGCACCAACGUAGAGAGGCUGCCAAAAUCUAUUGGCAAACUUGGGAACCUCCAAUGUUUGGAUCUCAAGAAUUCUCUCAUCCGAGAGCUACCAGCUGAGUUAAGUAGAAUCUCUAAAUUAAGACAUCUUAUCUCAUAUUCUUACUAUUGGGAUGAUGCCUUCAGUUUUUAUGUGAGGAAUGUCAGAGCAGCGAGGAUUCCAGCUGCAAUUUGCUGGAAUUCUCAAGAGAUGCAGAAUUUGGGAUGGGUGGAUGGCAGUUAUGCAGUCGGUUUUAUAGAUCAGCUGGGGAAUUUAAAGCAGUUGCGAAGGUUAGGAGUGGCGCACCUCAAGAGGGAAGAUGGGAGGAACCUGUGCAAUGCAAUCAAGUACAUGCAUCACCUUCAAGCAUUUAUGGUUGCUUCAAGAAGCAAGGAUGAGGUUCUUGAUGUUAACCAUAUUUUGUCUCCCCCUCCAAUGCUCCGCCGCCUUCUCUUAAUGGGACGGCUGGAGAAGCUCCCAGAUUGGAUUUCAAGGCUUGAAAACGUUGUCAAAUUGGUUUUAUGUCAUUCCAGAUUAAAUGAAGAUCCACUUGAGGUUCUUGGAGCAUUGCCAAAUUUAAUGAAGCUAAUAGUUUCCGAGGCAUAUGAUGGUGAGAGAUUGUAUUUCAGUGCCACCAGGUUUCAAAAUCUUAAGGUGUUAUGCCUUUAUUGUCUCUGCAAUCUGAAAUUGAUUGAACUGGAGCUAGGGACUCUGCCUGUUCUGAAAGAGCUACAACUUGGACCUAGCCCACAGCUGAAAGAGGUUCCCACUGGCAUCCAACACCUUAAGAACCUAACUCUCCUCAGGUUCCAUGAUAUGCCUAAGGAAUUCACAGAUACUCUUAUUCCGUAUAAGGGACAGCACUAUCACAUCAUCGAGCAUGUAGCUAAUGUGUAUAUCAAUUUCAAGGCUGGUGCAGGUCACUGGGAAACCUCAUCUUUAAGGUCUCCACAAGAACGGAAAAUGGUGGCUCUCUGGCAGUGAACUGAUAAAUCUAUACUGAAAUGCUGUCACAAGCACACCAAGAAAUACUAGGGUGAAGAAGAAUUGUUGAAGUUACUGGUACCAGCCUACCAGGUCCAUCAGUUUUUCAAGAAUGAAGAACCAUGUUUACUUUGCUGGUGUUUCUUCUGUAAAAUCUGAUAUACAUGUAUUUGUGAAGGUAUCUCUGUCUACUUUAUCCUUCAUCUUUUUCUAUAGUUACUCAUAAAUGAUUUCAGGCUGCUUAUCCGUCCCGGGCCGGGUUGAUUUAUGGAAAAUGGAGACUAACUAUUUUCUUUAUUCAUAAUAGUAUUUCUAUAAUUUGUGUUCUUUUUCCUUUGAAAUUAUAAGUAAAAAAUGCCCACGUAUUAUAACA